UAAAUACUUAAUAUUUUAAUAAAGAUAUUCAAUAUCAACUUGAUCAUUCGUAGCUAUACUUUCGAGGAAUAAACAUAUAGUUCUGCGACAGUGUUAAGGAGCUUACAAUCAUCAAGAUGAAUUUGUUGGGGAAAUUUGGAAUGGUGUUUCUUAUAACUAUUAAUAUAGUAUUUGUGAUUUUUGGAAUAGCUUUGAUGGCGGCAGGUAUUGCAGUCCAAGCGAAAGGAGGCGAAUAUCUACAAUCUUAUCUCCCUUUGCUAGAUAAUAUAGAAAUAGGAAAUACCCGGAUGGGAUUCUUACUUCGAGCAGUAGCUGGAAUGGUCAUAGCAACGGGGAUCUUUUCCAUAGUUGUGUCUCUGAUGGGUAUAGUUGGAGCUUGUAAAAGACUGGUAGUGUUACUCAUCAUUUAUGGCGUGAUAAUAAUUGUCCUAUUAGUUUUGGAAAUUACUGUUCUGGGAGUUUCUUUCCAAAUAAAACAAGAAUUCCAAGGAAACUUGAGACAGAAGAUGUUACAGUUGAUUCAAAACUAUGAAGGAGAUUUUGGAAGUAUUCUCACAACAGCUUGGAACUUCCUCUUUCUCACAUUCCAAUGUUGUGGUGUAAAUCAGCAAAUCCAAGUCAACGAUUUUAUCUCAACUUUAUGGUGGCAAACACCAACAAGAGGUCCACGGGUAGUACCAACUUUUUGUUGUAAAGGAGCCACACCAGACAGCGCUACCACAGCUUUCGUUCAACCUUGUACAUUGGCCGUAAAUCCUGCUACGAGCUAUGUCGAUAGGGGUUGUUAUGACAUCUUGAAUCAGUUGUUGGACCAAUACACAAGUGCCUUUAUCGCCAUCUGCAUAUUAAUUGUUAUUGUACAGAUUAUCGCUGCUGCAACAUCGUUUAUUCUGGUUUCGCAGAUUCGUAAAGAAGACAAGGAGAUGUCUGAUAAGAAUUGAAACAGCGAAUUCAUAUUUAUCGUAAACCCCGGUCUUAACACAAGACAUUUGGAUGGAAUUCCACAGACAAUGUGAUUGUGUUUGUCUUAUGUGUUUUUAUAAAUAUGAGUGGUCAUUGGUGAAAAAAAAUAGACUUGUUUCAUGCCAAAUAAUAGAUGUAUUGUACACUGCGUCAAAGCUGUUAGGAUUAUGAUUGGUUGAGAUGCUCACUUUAUGAAGUAUGAGGGUCAAGAACAGAACAGGAACUUGUAGAUAUUAUUUUGAAAUCAUAGCAUACAUUUUUUUUUACUUUCAAGCUUAGUAUAUUUGUAACUUUCGUAUCAUUUCAGUAAUAUAUAAUACACAUUUUGAGAGAUAAAAAUAAUUGCAUUUCUAUAUACUGACAGUCCUGUAUUGUAAAAGGCUUAUAAAGCAUUGCCUAAUUUAGCUCCAACUUAUACAUUUUUAUACGUACAACAACCAAAAUCCAAUUGUAUACACUAACGAAACUUAAGCUGUGCAAUUUCUGUCAAGUAGCUUGAGCUUUUUACAAUAUGUGUGAUAAUUGUUUAUUGUGUUAAAUGUUGUAAUUGUUUGUUUUCAUGUAUAUAUACAUAUAUAAUUUUACAAAAUUUGCCCUUUGUUCGUGAAUACGCCAUAAUAUCAUUGUGUACAUUUGUCAUUAACAGAGAUUGCAUUAACAAAGAUUCUGUUGCAAGUAGUUCAUAGUCCCAUGCAUUGAAAUAAAUCAUUUUUUUCUA